AUGCAGCUUAUCAGGGCCAAACCGUGCAACUUGGAACCACUCAACAAGAUCAAAACGUCCGAUAUGGUUGCAAUUUCUACCUUGAGUAUUCAUGCCGCUGACGAGAGUCACAGAGUCUCAGAUGUGACCCCUCCAAUCAAUAUUUCAACAACUUACAGGUAUGACUCAGACCCUGCCAAGUUGAAGACUGCGUCAGAGAUUGAUGGUUUGGGCGACGACGUUGUUUAUUCGCGUUUGUCUCAUCACAAUGGUGUUCUAGUCGAGGAGACAAUUGGCGCAAUCACGAAAUCUGAGGCAGUCAUUUACUCCUCCGGACUUGGUGCGUUCAACGCAGCCAUGGCUCAUUUGAACCCAAAGAAAUUGUUCAUUGGUCAAGCAUAUCAUGGCUGUCAUGGAAUUGCUGAUAUUAUGACCCGUAAUUAUGGUUUGAAGCAAUUGUCUCUCUCAGAAGAGGACUUGAAAUUGAUAGAAGAAGGUGAUUUGAUCCAUAUUGAAACUCCUGUCAAUCCCAACUCUUGGUGUUUUGACAUCCAAAAGUUCGCUGACUUGGCCCAUGAAAAAGGGGCGAAACUCUUGGUAGACUCAACUUUUGCACCACUACAGGAUCCAUUUGAAUUUGGCGCUGACAUGGUAAUGCAUUCAGCUACAAAAUACUUCGGAGGCCAUUCGGAUUUGCUUGCCGGGCUACUUCUUACAAAAGACAAAGAAGUUAAGAAAGCUUUGCAGCUUGAUAGAGUCUACCUCGGUACCAACAUCGGUAACCUUGAGGCUUCGCUUUUAUUUAGAAGUUUGAAAACGUUUGAGCUUCGUGUUAAAGCUCAAAGUGCUAGUGCUGAAAUUAUUGCUAAGCAUCUUCAAGAAAAAAAGGAAAGUCUUCCAAAAUUACUCGAGGUUCACCAUUCCUCUCUUCAAAGCGAAGCAUUCGUAGCUGCCCAAUUAAAGGGUAUUCACUCGCCUACUUUCUCAAUUAUUGUGGAUUCCGCAGAAACCGCUCGUCUGUUACCGUCAAAGUUGAAAUAUUUCUAUCACGCAACUUCUCUUGGUGGAGCUGAGAGUUUGAUUGAGUGGAGAUGUAUGUCAGAUGUCACUGCUCCUCCCGGGCUCUUGAGAAUUAGCGUGGGACUUGAAAAUGUUGAUGACUUGAUCGGGGAUCUUGUCACUGCUCUCGAAUAG